GAGCGCUAUUGAUCCAAAGAUCCACUUUCUGCCAGGCGGCUCUUGAACAGGCGGAGUGUGACAGGAAGCGCUUACAGACAGCUUGGUGUAUCGUACAUGUGUUACAGGGAGAAAGGUACUCGGACUUUGUGGAAGUGAAACAACUUUAACCAACAAUGCAGUGCGACCAAAUUAUAAUGAGUGAGUUUGUACAGCUCUGUUUGUUGGUGGGUUUAACUCUGUAUGGAGGAUUGGCUUCUGGUUUGGGGUCAAACCAAGGGUUUACAUUUAUUUUACCUGCUGGCAGCACAGAGUGCUUUUACCAAACAACCACAAGGAGUGAAACCAUGGAAGUGGAAUACCAGGUGAUAGCAGGGUCAGGUUUGGACAUUGGGUUUGCCCUCAUCUCACCCAGUGGAUACCGGGUGAUCUCUGAAUUCAGGAGGUCUGAUGGCAUCCAUAUAGUGGAUCCUACAGAGGAUGGAGAUUAUCGGUUGUGUUUUGACAACAGCUUCAGUAAACUGUCAGAGAAGAUGGUGUUUUUUGAAGUUGUCACUAACAGCCAAAGCGACAGAGGUGGGGGUCGAGAUGAGUGGGCACAAAUUGCUGAAUCAGAGAGCAUGGUGGAUUACAAAAUAGAGGAUGUCAGGGCACAAAUGGACUCUGUGUACCAGCACCUGGAGAAGAGCCUUCAGGUCCAGACUAUGCUGCGGGCCUUUGAGGCAAGGGACCGCUACCUCUUGGAGGACAACCUGUGGAGAGUGUCCUUCUGGUCCUGCCUAAACCUGCUUGUCAUGCUCACUGUUGCUGUUGUUCAAAUUUACACCUUGCGACGCCUUUUUGAUGAUACAAAGCGGGUCUGCACAUGACUACAGUACUCUAACAGAUAUGAGCACAGCUUUUAUAAGGGGAUAAUUGAGUGUUUGUGUUAUGCAAAUUCAACUAUUAUGCAACAUCUGCAUUAUAUUGCAGUGUAGCAAUGUGUGCAUGCAGAUCUAGUCUUGCUGUACAAGAAAAAAAGUCAUUUAAAAAUAUAUUGUCAUUAGAGAAAUUAGAAACACCCAGCUGUUCUCACU